AUGCCUGCGCCAGGAGAGAAUGGGCAUCAUCGUGCCUCCUCUACAUCGAGGAAUGGCCAUGCGCCGCUCUACCGGCUCGACUCGAAUCAAAGCUCAACGAGCAUCUUCGAGGAGGUGGAGAUGGCUCAUGACGAACUUUUCUCUGGUCCUAUGGCCGAAAGCCUUCCUACCAGCGUUUCAGCCUUCUCCCAUCGACGGCCUCGUGCUGACUCGACGACGAGUUUUGCAUACUAUCACGAUGAACCCGAAGCCUCUCCUACUUCGUUCGAAGAUGAACGCCAAAGCCUGUCAGAUGUGGGAGACUUUGCGUUUGGUGACGAGGAGGAAAGCUACGCUGAUUACGAAAACGGCGAAACCAUCGAUGAUUACAUGUCCCAACGCAGGCGAUCGUCAACGCACUCAAGAUCGUCUGUUCACGCCCGCCUAUUGCGCCAGGACAGUGGCAUGACCAACAAGAGCCUUGGUGGAGAUCGUUUAAGCCAGAAGGUCUACAUGGUGAAUGAGGACCUUACCAUUGCCAUUGCUGGCUUUCGGACAAGUCGACUUGGCUUCACUGCUUAUGUCGCACUUUGCCUAUGCACUGCUGGUGUUGCUUGGCUACUACUCAGAUGGUUUCCUAGAUGGCAUGUAAAACUUUUGGGUCUGCCGUCUCCACUGGCCGAGUGUGACUGGGUUGUUGUCGAGAAUCAAUGGGGAGAAUUUGCCCUGAUGGACGUAGACAAAAAGCUGUACGGUAGACCUAUGUCUACCAUCUUUGGCCACACUGGAAAGAGCUACGGGGUAGAUGAUGAUUACGACCCAAUCAUCACCGAAUUACGCAUGCUCAACUAUCGUUAUGUUCGCUUGUACUUCAACCAGCAAAAGGACAAGUUUGUCAUAUUCAACGGCUGGGUUGACCCGAAUUGGACCGAUCCUCGCGCCGUGCGUGCUGGCAUAGACAGUGAUGAGAAGGGACUGCGAGCAGUUGUUUUUGGGAAUAACCUAAUUGAUAUUGAGCAAAAAUCAACGCCGCAGUUGCUCGUAGAUGAGGUUUUCCAUCCUUUCUACGUCUUUCAGAUUGCUAGCCUGAUUCUGUGGUCUCUUGACGAAUAUUAUUACUACGCCGUGGCUAUCUUCCUAAUGUCGUUUGGAAGUAUUGCCACCACCCUCAUUGAAACCAAAGCGACGAUGAAACGACUCCGCGAGAUUUCUCGCUUCGAGUGCGACGUGCGUGUACUUCGAAAUGGUUUCUGGCGAUUUGUAUCCUCGAGUGAGCUCGUGCCUGGUGACGUUUACGAGGUCAGCGACCCAAAUCUGACUCAAUUUCCGAGCGACGGCUUGCUUUUGAGCGGAGACUGCAUCGUUAACGAGAGCAUGCUGACAGGUGAAUCGGUCCCUGUGUCUAAAACACCGGCCACCGAUGAGACGAUGUAUAGUCUCGAUUUGGCUGCACCGACCGUGUCGCCAGAGAUUGGCAAACACUUCCUCUUCUGUGGUACCAAGAUCAUUCGCGCCCGGCGACCGCAGGAAGAGCGUGAUGGUGACGCUGUCGCCCUCGCACUCGUGGUCAGAACGGGAUUCAGCACCACGAAGGGAUCCCUUGUACGAUCCAUGCUCUUCCCCAAACCAUCCGGCUUCAAAUUCUACAGAGACUCUUUCCGGUACAUCAGUGUCAUGGCUAUCGUAGCCAUGCUUGGUUUCAUCGCCUCUCUCUUCAAUUUCCUGCGGCUGCACCUUGCCUGGCACCUCAUCAUCGUCCGUGCUCUCGAUCUUAUCACAAUCGUGGUGCCGCCAGCGCUACCCGCGACGCUCACCAUUGGGACCAACUUCGCGCUGAGCCGACUGAAGAAGAAACAAAUCUUUUGCAUCAGUCCACAGCGGGUCAACGUAGGUGGUAAGAUUGACAUCAUGUGCUUUGACAAGACCGGCACCCUAACAGAGGACGGAUUGGACAUACUCGGUGUUCGGGUUGCAUCAACAGUAACAGGCAGGUUCACGGAGGUGCUUACCGAUCCAUCGUCGUUCGUACAGGCGCAGGCCGGCGUUCCAGCCCAGAUGUCAAAAUUGAGGGCAGCCUUGUACACCAUGGCAACUUGCCACUCGUUGAGGUCUGUGGACGACGAGCUGAUGGGUGAUCCACUUGACCUCAAAAUGUUUGAGUUUACAAGGUGGUCUUUCGAAGAAGGCAAACAAAGUCCCAACGAGGCAGACGACCAAGACCAGGGCAGCCUUUCGCCGUCAGUCGCCCGACCUCCAGCUGAGCAUGAUGCUCUUCUGCGAGGCGCCACUCAACAAGGAGAUCAAUCGCAAUUGCUUGAGUUGGGGGUACUAAGGUCCUUCGAAUUCGUUUCGCAGCUCCGUAGAGCAAGCGUCAUAGUUCGACAGUUUGGACAGCAAAGUGGGGACAUAUAUGUCAAAGGCGCUCCUGAAUGCAUGCGGGAAAUAUGUCGCGAAGACAGCUUCCCAGUCGACUAUGAUGAUCAGCUUGCCUACUAUACACACAAGGGUUAUCGCGUCAUUGGCUGCGCAGCUCGCCAUAUUCCAAAACUCAGCUGGGUCAAAGCCCAGAAAAUGAAGCGACACGAGGCCGAGUCUCAACUGGAAUUCACUGGUUUCAUUAUUUUCGAAAACAAGCUCAAGCCGACCACAGCGCCUGUACUGACUGAGCUACUGGAAUCGAACAUCAGUACGACGAUGGUGACAGGUGACAACAUCUUGACUGCCAUCAGUGUUGCUCGUGAAUGCAACUUGAUCAACAAGACUGCGCACUGCUUCGUUCCGAGAUUCAUAGAAGGCAAGUGGCGACAAGUGAGGUAUCUGAUUGAGUCUAACACUAACUUUGUUGCACAGCCACUACCACCUCCGGCUGACGUCGACGCAUCAUUGGCAUACAACAUCAAUGACAUCCGCAAUUACUCUCUAGCAGUCAGCGGCGAGAUUUUUCGCUGGAUUGUGGACUUCGCGCCUCCGUUGGUGUUGCAGAGAAUGCUGGUCCGUGGUCGAGUUUUCGCGCGCAUGUCUCCAGAUGAGAAGCACGAACUGGUUGAGAAAUUGCAAGCGAUCGGGUACUGCUGUGGCUUUUGUGGUGACGGUGCGAAUGAUUGCGGCGCUCUCAAGGCUGCAGAUGUCGGCAUCUCCCUCUCAGAGGCGGAAGCUUCUGUUGCAGCUCCGUUCACGUCACGCGUCUUCGACAUCGGUUGCGUUCCCCAGGUUAUCCGCGAGGGUCGUGCUGCACUUGUGACGAGUUUCAGUUGCUUCAAGUACAUGAGUUUGUACUCGGCCAUCCAGUUCACGUCCGUCAGCUUUCUUUAUGCUACAGCUUCUAAUCUCGGUGACUUUCAAUUCCUGUUCAUUGAUCUACUGUUGAUUCUUCCUAUUGCCAUUUUCAUGAGCUGGGCUGGGCCAUACCCUGUUCUGUCACGAAAGCGACCAACUGCAGACCUCGUCUCUCGCAAGGUGCUCAUACCGUUACUGGGCCAGAUGGUCAUUUGUAUACUCGUGCAAACUGCUGUAUAUGUCGCCGUGCGAAAGCAGUCAUGGUACGUACCCCCACGUGUCAACCAUGACAAGUCGAAUAUCAAGAACUCGGAAAACACGGUUCUAUUUCUGGUGUCCUGUUUCGAGUACAUCUUGGCGGGUGUGGUCCUCAACGCGGGCCCUCCUUUCAGAGAAAAGGCGAUGACGAACUGGCCAUUCAUGACAACCAUCGUGGCAACCCUAUCAAUCACAAUAUGGAUGAUCAUUGGCCCGGGGCAUUCAGUAAGGCACCUGAUGCAACUUACCAAGACAAGCUGGGACUUUGAGCUCUUCAUGAUUCUACUCGGGGGCGUUUACUUGGUCGCGGCAUGGAUAUCAGAAAAGUACCUCUUCCAAAAGCUGGCUCGGGCUGUGGGACGUUUCAAAGAAAACUUCCUGAAGAAGCCGAAGCAAAGAAAGGAGUAUAAAAUCAUUUUGGAGCACAUGGAGUUGUAG